GUUUUAAUCUCCACGCCCCUACGCAAAAUAUAGGAAACUUAACCAGACAUCCCAACCACUGGUCACUCCUCCUUUCCCUUUCAUCCCAGAUCCCUUCCCCUCUUUGUCAAGCCCUAAUCGCUGUAUUGUAUUCUCUCCGAGUCUCUCUGCACAACCUGAUUCUCGAGCAGAAGGGUAUAGGGGUUUAUUUAUCUCAUAAUCAACCAUGUUUACCCGAAUUUUUGGUAAACCUAAACAGGAAGCCAAUGCUCUGACCACUUUGGAUAAGUUAAAUGAGACACUUGAAAUGCUGGAGAAAAAGGAGAAAGUACUUAUUAAAAAGGCUGCGGCAGAGGUUGAAAAGGCUAAAGAAUUUACAAGGGCAAAAAAUAAAAGAGCGGCCAUACAAUGUUUGAAGAGAAAGAGGUUAUAUGAACAGCAAGUAGAGCAGCUCGGGAAUUUCCAGUUGCGUAUUCAUGACCAGAUGAUAAUGUUGGAAGGUGCUAAGGCCACCACAGAAACAGUGGAUGCUUUGAGAACUGGAGCUUCUGCUAUGAAGGCUAUGCAAAAGGCAACGAAUAUUGAUGACGUUGACAAGACCAUGGAUGAGAUUAAUGAACAAACUGAGAACAUGAAACAGAUUCAAGAAGCAUUAUCAACCCCAAUCGGUGCAGCUGCAGAUUUUGAUGAGGAUGAAUUGGAAGCAGAACUUGAAGAAUUGGAGGGUGCUGAGUUGGAAGAACAGCUUCUUCAACCUGCGACUACAGCUCCUGCAGCUCCAGUGCAGGUCCCAGCUGGGAGGCAACCUGCUCGCCCUGCUCCUCAGAAGCGCACUGCUGAGGAAGAUGAAUUGGCUGCUUUGCAAGCUGAGAUGGCGCUUUAAGCAGGUCCUUAUUUUUAGCAAAUUUUGCAGGCGCUGUGCUUAUCACGUGUGGCUUUCAUAAAGAAUUCUAGCCACUGUUAUGGAGAAUUCUGCUUUUCUCAGUCUCCUUUAUCUAUGCGAUAUAUUGAACAAACCAGCAGGUGUAUAUAACGGUGUCAAAAGUUGAACAGAAAAGUCCAUCGACCCUUGCAUCCAAUCUCCGAAGCGAGUUGUUUUUUUUAUGUUGUGUGAUUUGUCUAUUGGUUACAUUUAAACUGCUCCCCCCCCCCCCCAAAAAAAAAAUCUAGUCCUUGAUGGAAUGCAUUUACUUAAUCAUACAUUUUGGUGUGUAUCCUGGAUGGAAUUAAUAUUAGUCUUGGCCCCAGUCCGCUUAUAUCCUUGAACCUGUCUUCAAUGAAUAAAAGAAAUGAUUAGUGAGCGACUUUGUUUGC